UUCAUUUUGUUGUUCAUACAAAAGCAUGUCAACGAAGCUUGACUUAUAACUUGCCUACGUCAAAAGAUUCCUCUUUUUUAUGAUCUGAGAUCAAUCCAAGAAAUCCAAGACUUCUAACUUCAGACAACUCUUGUCCUCGGAUCUGUUUUUCAGACCAAACCCAUAUAUAUCAAAAGUUUUGAGCUCAAAACGGAGCCAAAUCUUGAAUCUUUCACUCCUUACAGGACCAGUUAUGGAAAUAGAACAGCGGAUCCGUUAAUGUGGUGUGUGGUCCAGUGCGGUGGCUAAAGAUGUUGGCUUCACAGCUUCACUGGAGCUAUGUGUUUGGUGUGGUCUCAGUUUAUGGAAUAAAUCAAGGGUUUGGUUACUCAUUGGGUCGUGUAGCUACAGAUUAUUACAUGAAAGAUGUUCAAAAGGUUCAGCCUUCUAAGUCUCAAGCUCUCACUACAAUCACUAGGAUUCCAUGGAUCAUUAAGCCUCUUUGGGGCAUUCUCACUGAUGUUGUUCCUAUCAAUGGUUUCCAUAGACGCCCUUACUUCAUUUUAGCCGGGGUGUUUGGAGUGGUUUCUUUAUUGUUCAUAUCGCUUCAUAGUAAUCUACACCUUUACUUGGCACUGUUGUGGAUGACAAUAUCAAGUGCUGCAAUGGCGAUUGCGGAUCUAACUAUUGAUGCUUGCACUGCUUAUAAUAGUAUCAAACACCCUUCUCUUGCAUCGGAUAUGCAGACCUUAAUCUCCUCCAUUGGAGCACUUCUUGGUUUCUUCAUGAGUGGCAUCUUAGUUCAUCUUGUUGGCUCCAAGGGCGUGUUCGGCUUGUUGACAUUCCCAUUCGCAUUAGUAUCGGUAGUCGGGAUUGUGUUUAGUGAACCCCAUGUUCAUGGUUUCUCUUACAAACAGAAAUUUACAGAUGCAGGGAAACCGAUGUGGAGGACAAUGAAGUGCUCAGAUGUAUGGCGGCCGAGUCUGUAUAUGUACAUUUCCCUUGCUCUUGGUUUUGACAUUCAAGAAGGUCUUUUCUAUUGGUUCACAGAUUCAAACGAUGGUCCUUUGUUUGCUCAGGAAACGGUUGGUUUCAUUCUCUCAAUUGGUCCAAUAGGGUCGAUUCUAGGAGUAUUGUUGUACAACCUAGUCCUAAAGGAUCAUCCGUUCCAUAGCAUAUUUUUGUGGACUCAACUUCUCUUUGCUUUAUCCGGAAUGUUUGACCUCACUCUUGUGCUACUUCUCAACUUAAAAUUUGGUUUACCGGAUUAUCUAUUCAUAGUAGUGGACGAGCGAGAUAGUUUCUCAGAUGAUCAAACCAAACGCUUAAAAUGGAUGCCGCUGCUCGUCCUCAAUACAAAGCUUUGUCCUCACGGAAUCGAAGGGACCUUUUUUGCAUUGCUAUUGUCAAUUGACAAUGCCGGCAGAGCCGGCCCAUGGCAUAGACCCAUGAAGCAUUGGCUUGAGGCCUCAAAUAAUAUAGUUAAUUUUCGGCCCCAUAUUUUUGAGAAGUUCCUUUAGUCUAGUGAUCUGCUCUUAUGAGAAUAAUGUCUCAUGUCUCCGGUUCAAGUCUACAUAAUAGUUUUUUUAUUUCUU